AUGAAUAAAUUUCCGUUUGUGCUGCUAAUUUGUUGCAAUGUCACCGUCUGGUUUGCCUUGUACCAGAGAGUGAAAAAACCCGACAGCAAGUAUGAACUAGUAAGGGACGACGGGGACACUGUCAAUUCUACGGCAAAUGUCGAAAAACUCCGACGGGAACUCAACAGAAGUCUAGUUUUCAACGAAACAGACGAGUAUACUAAUCUGCACGACUAUGAGUUAACGCUGAAUCAUCCGCAUAUGUGUAAGGACAGGAAAGUAUUUCUAUUGGUCUUAGUAACGUCGAAGCCUGAAUCAAAGACCGUCAGAUCAGCGAUUCGGAACACGUGGGCAAAUGAAGUUGCUACUAGAAACAGAGAUAUAGUAAUCCUAUUUCUGUUGGGCACGCCCACAAACGACAGCAUACAAGACAAUCUUAUAGAAGAGAACAAACUACAGGGUGACAUAUUACAAGAAAAUUUUGUCGAUGAUUACCUUAAUCUGACUUUGAAAACCAUCAUGGGGUUAAAAUGGGCGACGCAAUAUUGUCCCAACGCUAAAUACGUCAUGAAAACCGAUAGCGACGUGUUUGUCAACUUUGAAUCUAUAGUCGAAUUUCUCGCAACUCGACCGAUGACAGGCUACGCCGUUGGGCACCGUUUUAUCGCGUCAAAGCCGCAAAGACAGAAGGGUAGCAAAUGGUACACGUCUGAGGAUGUUUACCCUGGUCCGACAUAUCCUCCUUAUCUUUGCGGGACAGGAUACAUAGCGUCCAUAGACGUAGUAACUCGUUUGUAUUUGGAAUCUAUCAGAACCAAAUUAUUGCACUGGGAGGAUGUGUAUGUAGGCAUAGUCAUGCAGCAAAUUCAGAUUCUGCCGCGACAUGAUAAUCGUUUCGACACAUUUUCGAAGCUUUACAAACCACAACAACCAUGCUCGUUAUACAGAUUGUUCACUGUACAUCACGUGAAAACAAGUGGUAUGUACAAGUUGUGGAAAAAGUUUCAGAAAUAUAAGCUACCAGGGAAAUGUCACGCUUAUAAUGAGUUGUCCUGA